GUCGUGCGCGGCGCGCGAAAAGGGUUUGUCGUCGUCGGCUUUGAUUUUAUUAUUUUGGCGCGUGCUGACCAUCUGCCAUCUACGGCGGCCACCACCGUAUUACAGUUGGCCACCGUCGAGCGGCCCAAGGUCGCCGCCACGUCAUUUACGUAUUUUCGCCUCCUCCGCGUCCGCGCCCACGUCUUUUUCCCACCACGACCAGCCGGCCGAUGACUGCCCGACGCCGUCGCUGCCGCCACCGCCGUGGCCGAGCCGUUGCGGCGGUGUCACGUUUCCAAGACGCGUUUCGCUCGUGCGUUAUUCCACUGCAGCAGCUCUCAUCGCGGCCGACGAGCGUGAUUAGAGAAACGAUCGCGUUCACCGCCGCGCUGCUUCGACGUAAUAAUAAUAAAAUCAUCACCGCGCGUGACAGAAGUACGGCGAUUGCGGGGUCCGUCGGUUAUUAUGCAUUGUGGUCGUGAUGGAACAAGUGGUCGCGCUCGUUUACAACAACGGCCCGGAACAGCAACAGCCACCGAGUCCCGUUGUUCCGCCGCCGCAGCAGCAACAGCAGCCGAGGACGGCGGAAGACGAAGACGGCGAGGACCGCAGCGGUGCCGCGUUCUUCUGUAAUACCGAAUACAGUUUUAUCCAUUACAACUAUCAAACAAAUAGUUAUGUGCAAUAUGACGUCAAACCACAAAAUGAUAUUACAUUACAAGAAGGGUUUCAGGACGAUUUAUCUCAAAGUUCAUUCAGCAACGACACUCCGCCGGACCAGUCGGAUACUAAAAGACAUUAUUGUGAAUUCACUGGGUGCAAAAGAACGUACAGCACCGUGGGAAAUCUCCGUACUCAUAUGAAGACACACAAAGGUGAAUACCGGUUCAAGUGUAACAUAAUUGACUGCGGUAAACCGUUUUUGACGUCAUAUAGUUUGAAAAUCCAUGAACGUGUGCAUACAAAACAAAAACCAUUUGUUUGCACCAAGGAGGAAUGUCAAAAAGCCUUUAACACCGUUUACAGGCUACGAGCUCAUCAACGCUUGCACACUGGUGACACUUUUGACUGUAUACAAGCAGGCUGCGGCAAGUGUUUUACGACUUUUAGUGAUCUAAAGAAGCAUUAUAGAACGCACACCCAAGAACGACCAUACAAAUGCGCAGAAGAAGGAUGCGGUCGAGCGUUUACGGCCAGCCAUCAUCUGAAAACGCAUAAGCGGACGCAUUCGGCCGACAAACUGUACACGUGUGACCGACCGAAUUGCAACAAGUCGUUCCCGGGAAAGGCUAGUCUUAAAACACACCAGCGGAGUCAUGAUAUUUGGGACGAGUCCGAGACCCUGUCAGAUUUCGCCGAUGACUUGCUACAGCAUUUCGACAGCGAAACCAACAGCACAACUUCCGAAUUCUUAAAAUACCAAAGCCAACUAGUCAUACCGCUGUCGAAGGCCAACAUCGAAGCCCUAAAGCGAUGCGAAACGGCCGAAGUGGAGGUGGAUGCAUACCUUUCAGGCAUCGCGAUACGGACAUUCACAGGAGCGGGCCCGGAUUCAAGCACGGCUACCGUGCAAAAGAUGAUUCUGGCCGAGCCAGACGAUGACAUGCCAGUCAAGCUGUCGGUUGAGUGUAACGUUGACGUGCAGAAAGUCGGUCAGGACGCUAACGGCACGAUCAGCUUGUGCGUGAUGGACAACGGCGAGUUGAUGUCCAGCCUACUGAUGAUGCCGGUGAUCAACGGCGCCAGUUACGAGACGGUGACGGAAGACGACUCGAGCCAGCCGCCGCCCAUGUCCAUAGCCACAGAGACGGUGCAGGAACUGCAGUUCGUCGACGAGCCCGUCCGGCAGACAGUGACGGCCGUCGAGGAGUCGGACGCCGAAUCGGCGGGGGCGGCAGCCGUCGAACUCAUACCGUUCGACGACAUCCUGGUAUCCAAACCGGACACGGAUUUCGCUGUUUGCGAACCGCACCACGUGGUCACCACCGACGAGCCGCUGCAAGUGGCAGAAGAGUUUAGCGUCGAGGAGCUCAUACUUAGCUUGGCCGAUGACGGAGAUCACUGUCUCGACAGUUCGGUCGCUUCACUCAUGGUGAGCCCACAGCUGGAAGUGUUCGAACCCACAUUUCCUGUACCGGCUCCCAGCCUCCCGCUGCAACAGCAGGUGAUCGAACCAACUUUUUCGCCGGACGGUAACUGCAACAGUUCCGCAGACGCCGCUACCGCCGCCACGACAGUCGCCGGUCACCCGACCGCGUCUUGUUCGCUGACCGUGGCCUGCAACACCCGCAAACAGCUCAGGAAGGUUCUCGAACACAGACGGCCCGCGAGCAUAUCGCACUGAAGCCCGACGCGAUGCAUCGGAGACUAUGUGUCGGGUCGCAUAUUAUACGAUCAUUAAGCAUUUAAUGAGUCAAUAGUGAGUCCCUUAAACAUUAUUUAGCGUCCUGAAAUAUAUUAUUAUAAUUUAGUGUUAUAUGCAUCUCCACACAAACGUAUUAUUUUAAGUUAUGGUGCGAUUAUUUAAAAUCGUAUAAUAUCCGCUAGAAAAUGACCGUUUAUUUUUUACAACAAAUUAUUUAUUGUCUAUUUUUGUUACUAAAUUAAUUGUAUGUUUUUUUUUUUACUCGUUUAUUAUGUUUUUCAUAGAAUUGCCUGAAAAAAAAAACUAUAUUCAAAUGUUAUAUUAUAUUAGGGACUUCGGUUGACUGUAUCGAAAAGAAACAUUUAGCCCAGUACGUUAUACUCAGCAUGAAUUUUUAUUUGAUAUCUCUAUAGCAUUUAUGAUUUAACUUUAUUACAUUCAUCUCUUAACCCAUUCAAUUUCUGUAUUUUAACGUGUAAUAAGCUGUGAUUCGGUAACAUUUUUUUAGUACAUUCUUUACUAUAUAUUCGUUGUGAUUUUACACAUUUUUGAUAAUACGUAGGUAGAUAACUUUAUAUUAUUUAUACAUAUUCAAUUAUUACAUAUACGGUAUACCUACAACCUAAUACUAUAAGAAGGUUUUUAGUGUAGUUUAGGAUAAGUUCUAAAAAUAUUAUAGGAUAGGUCUGAUAUAAUUUCACUCUAACUACUCAAUGAAAUUAAUGAUUUACUUACUUCUGCAUUUAUAUUCUAGUUUAAUUUGAAUAUCAUCUCCUUAGCAUAUAUUAAUACUAUAUAUCGUAUACACUGUACACUAUACAGUAUACAUCAUAUAGGUACCUAUAGUAACAUAACUAUAAUACUUUAAACUUUAAAGAUACGGUUCCGGGACACUAUUGGCAUGACAUAAAUACAUAUACUAUAUUAUAACUCUAACAUAAUAAUGCUUAUAUAAUAUAUUAUAUCUAUAUGUAAUCUAUUUUGAAAAAUUAUUUCAUACUGUCAACUUUGUACGACUAACCAUGUAAUAUACAUUUUUGACGUUUAAUACAUAAAAUAAACUUAAUGUAGCAAGUAAUCAAAAUCGGGACCGAGCUUACUAUUAUUUAUAACCUCGAGUAGGCUUAUUCUACUACAGUGCCAAAUUAUUUUUACCGGAAUUUAACUCACCCAAAACGAAAGUGAUACAUUAGUUUUGAACUCAUUACUUUUUUUAUUUUAAUUAUUGUUUAAAGAGAAAGUUUGUUAUUUUUGUGUAUUCAUAAAUGUAUUUUUGUAGUCAUACAAAAUAAUGUUGUAAUUUUGUAUUUCUGAUAUUUAAUAGAUAUGUAGUCUACGUAUUUUAUCGUAGACGGAUAAUACCUCGCUCAUUUGAUUCAUGUUUUUGUUUAUACUUCAUUUCAACGUGUAUAUUAAUUGUUGUUUCGUAAUAAACAAUAUUGAGUUACAUUGUCA